AAUCUUCUCGGGUCGAGUACGUCGUUUGUCCCUCCGAUUGCCGGUCUUCCCGAUCCCCACCUGUGCCCGACCACCACUAACUCUCUCCUCUUCCUCCCCAGGUGAUGUGGAAUUGAUUUCUACGCCGUGGAUUGUUCCUCCGUCCUGCACCAUGGCUUGCUCCGCUCAAUCCGUUACCAUCGAAUCCUACCCCGAGGCCGAGGCCAAAGGCUCCGCCUAUGCCACCCCCGGUGAAGAGACGGCUCUCCUGAGAGACCGUCGUCGCAGACACUCCUUUCACACGGCUCGCAAACUCUCCUGCGACUACGAUGCGGACGCUGUCUUCCUACGGGUGGAGCUCUUCCUCGCCGAACUCGAGCGACGCCUUCACUGGCUCGAACAAUACCGCAAGUCCCACAUGGAUCAGAUCGACGCCAGCCUCCGCCGUGGAUACGCCACUCUCGAGGCCGUGCGGGAUUCCUGCUCCCACGCCUCCGGGGAGCUGAUGGGCGGCGGUAAAAAACGGGCUAAAAUCCUGGUCGAAACGCUCGAGGACCGCUACAUGGAUGCUCUGGCCACCAAGGAGACUCUCGAGCAAAAGGCCCAAGCCGGCGUGCGCCUGAUGGAGUCGUUCCUCGUCGAGCUGGAAUCUCGCGCUCAUGCAGUCCGCGACCGCGGCAUCUACGGCGCCCUGGACGACGGCUGGAAGGCCAUGGACUCGAAGCUGGUGCAUGCCCGCGAGGUGGUCGACGAGGGUAUGGAACGGGCCCGCCGCGCCAAAGACGCUCUCCGGGAAAGCAUCGACCGCGCCAUCCUGCUGGCUCAGGAGCAACGGUUGAUCACGUACGCGGAUCUCCCGCACCCGUGGCGGGUGAACCCGCACAUCCUGCAGGGGUACCGCUUCACCCAUUCCAAGGUUGAAUGCUUCACCUCCGUCUUCUCUUUCUCCAAUGAAAUGUUCAACAUCUGGUCCCACUUGAUCGGCCUGUUCAUCGUCCUCUCCGUGGCCUUCUACUUUUACCCCCUGAACCCCAACUUCCACCUCAGCACCCAGACCGACAUCCUCGUCGCCGCCGUCUUCUUCUUUGCCGCCUGCAAGUGUCUCGUCUGCAGUACCCUGUGGCACACGAUGAACAGUAUCGCCAGCCAGACCCUGCUCGAGCGGUUCGCCUGUGUUGACUACACGGGCAUCUCGAUGCUGGUGGCCGCAUCGAUCGUGACGACCGAGUACACCGCCUUCUACUGCGAGCCCGUGUCGCGGUGGGUGUACAUCCUGUUGACCAUGUCGUUGGGCAUUGGUGGCGUCAUUCUGCCGUGGCACCCGACCUUCAACCGGGCCGACCUGGCGUGGGCCCGCGUGGCUUUCUACGUGUCGCUGGCCCUGACGGGCUUUGCCCCGCUGGCGCAGCUCACCUACACUCGUGGCUUCGCUUGGUGUUUGUACUUCUACGCCCCGGUGGUGAAGAGCAUCCUGGUGUACUUUGUGGGGGCGUGCGUGUAUGCAUCGCAGGUGCCAGAGCGGUGGCGCCCGGGGCUGUUCGACUACGUCGGUGGCAGCCACAACAUCUGGCAUCUGGCAGUGCUGGGCGGGAUUCUGUUCCAUUACUGCGCCAUGCAGGACCUGUUUGCGGGCGCGUUCCAGCGGGCCCAGGGCGAGUGCCCAAACCUGGCCAAGUAGGUGUCUACGUAUAGACCAAAAGGCGUGUUAUAGACCAGUUAGAGGUAGAGGAUUUCUUUCUUCUUACUUUCUUUGAUUCAUAUCGUUCUUGUACAUAGUUUGCUGUGACUGUCAUUUGACUAGA